GCACCUGAUUGAGAGGAAGUAGAUGGUCUCCGAGGCCAGAGUGCUGAAGAGCUGUCCGUGAGCUUGGGAAGAACUUCGUGGGUCUCGCGGCGUGGGACAUUUAGCCUCACCUCCCUCCCUGAACUCAGCAUGGAUGAGAAGUCAGAAAACUGUAAGGUUCCAGAAGAUCUCUUCAAUGGUUUGAAAAUUAUAGAGUCUCCGGAAGCAGAGUCAGCCAGCCCCCAGGUUUCUGACCCCAAGGGUCAGCCUUCGCAGAGCAAACUACCGAAGGAUGAUAGUGCCCAUCCCCAGGAGGACCAUGGAGAAGAGGAGUGUUUUCAUGACUGUAGUGCCUCAUUCGACGAGGAGCAGCCAGGGGCACAUAUGGUGGGAGACAAAGCCACUGAUGAUUCUAGUUCUGAACUCGAUGAGGAAUACCUAAUUGAACUGGAAAAAGACAUGCCAGAAGAAGAGAAACAGAAAAGAAGAGAAGAGAGUGCUAAACUAAAGGAGGAGGGGAACGAGCAGUUUAAGAGAGGAGAUUACAUAGAUGCUGAGAGUUCUUACAGUCAAGCCCUUCAGAUGUGCCCAUCCUGUUUCCAGAAAGAUCGGUCGGUUCUGUUUUCAAAUAGAGCUGCUGCAAGGAUGAAGCAGGACAAGAAGGAAAUGGCCAUCAGUGACUGCAGCAAAGCAAUUCAGUUAAACCCCAGCUACAUCCGUGCAAUAUUGAGGAGAGCGGAGUUGUAUGAGAAAACAGACAAACUAGAUGAAGCACUGGAAGAUUAUAAAUUGAUAUUAGAAAAAGAUCCAUCGGUACAUCAAGCAAGAGAAGCUUGUAUGAGAUUACCUAAGCAAAUUGAAGAACGUAAUGAAAGAUUAAAAGAAGAGAUGUUAGGUAAACUAAAAGAUCUCGGCAACUUGGUUCUGCGACCUUUUGGGCUCUCCACAGAAAAUUUCCAGAUCAAGCAGGAUUCUUCUACUGGCUCCUACUCCAUCAAUUUUGUUCAAAAUCCAAAUAAUAAUAGAUAACAGACGUAACAGUAGUCAUAAAGGCCGACUGGGAGGCCGUGAACUGUUCACAAGGGGCAAGACUCUGCCAGUGUUUAAUGUUUAAAAGCAUCUUACCCAAAAAAGGCUGUGUAGUAGAACCCGA